GGCACCGCGGCCUCGCCCUCGCCCUCCGCCCCUGCGCCUGCACCGCGUAGGCCGCCCCCCCCCGCGCGCGCCCCGCAGACGACCCCCGCCCGCGUCCCGGCCGGCCCCCCCUUUCCGAAUUUAAAGGGGGCGCAGCAUUAACGCCUCCCGCCCCAGGUGACCUCUCAGGGGGUCCCCCCGGCAGAGCUGCCCCGCCGCUGAGGAACAUGGCGAAGGUGGAGCAGGUCCUGAGCCUCGAGCCGCAGCACGAGCUCAAAUUCCGAGGUCCCUUCACUGAUGUCGUCACCACCAACCUAAAGCUUGGCAACCCAACAGACCGAAAUGUGUGUUUUAAAGUGAAGACCACGGCACCACGUAGGUACUGCGUGAGGCCCAACAGUGGGAUCAUCGAUGCAGGGGCCUCCAUUAAUGUAUCUGUGAUGUUACAGCCUUUCGAUUAUGACCCCAAUGAGAAAAGUAAACACAAGUUUAUGGUUCAGUCUAUGUUUGCUCCGACUGACACUUCUGAUAUGGAAGCAGUAUGGAAGGAGGCAAAACCGGAAGACCUUAUGGAUUCAAAACUUAGAUGUGUGUUUGAAUUGCCAGCAGAAAAUGAUAAACCACAUGAUGUAGAAAUAAAUAAAAUUAUACCCACAACUGCAUCAAAGACAGAAACACCAACGGUGUCUAAAGCUCUGAGUUCUUCUUUGGAUGACACUGAAGUUAAGAAGGUGAUGGAAGAGUGUAAGAGGCUGCAGGGUGAAGUGCAGAGGCUCCGGGAGGAAAACAAGCAAUUCAAGGAGGAAGAUGGACUCCGGAUGAGGAAGACAGCUCAGAGCAACAGCCCUGUGCCUGUGUUAGCUCCAGCUGGGAAGGAGGAGGGCCUCAGCGCCCGGCUCCUCGCCCUCGUGGUUUUGUUCUUCAUCGUCGGUGUGAUCAUAGGGAAGAUCGCCUUGUAGAGGCAGUGGGCACAGGGCGGCACACUGGAUUGAUGGGCCCGCCAUCCCCUGGGCUUUGACUUUAUCAUAACCAUGUGUAAAAAAGAAGUUCAUGUAUGAUGACAUCUCACAGGUCUUGCCUUUAAAUUACUCCCUCCCUGCGCGUGCGCACGCGUGCACAUACACACACACAAUUAUAACGUAACAAUCCUUUAGAGAGUUAAAAAUGUAUAGUAAAUGAUUGGGGGAAAAGAAUGGUCUUUAUUAAUGACAAGGGAAACCGUGAUUAAAUCGUAAUGGCAUGUCGUGUCAUUUUAAACAUGUGUAGCCUUGGUACAUGUGGCUGGGUUGAUUACUUCUCUUAGAACAAGACACUCUUCCUGCCUGUUGGUGCCGGGCCUUGGGGAGCUGGAACCCAGUGCGGUGGGGAGGGCCGUCACCUCCACAUAGCAAGCCCCACCCACUCACUCACUCUCUGGGCUGCUGCUCCACGUUCUGUCCCCAGCUGUCGGUUCCUUGGGACUGAUGAACAGGGUCAGAAGCCAAUGGCAUUGUGCUGUGGCAGUGUCAGAUCUGCCCAUCAGGAGCGAGAGGCAGUGGGAGGCAGCAGGAGGUGGACUGACCCAACACUUUGGAAAUGAAAGUCAAUGCUUUGUUCUCUUAAAGGGACCAAGCUAAAUUACUGUUGGUUCAUGUAGUGAGAUUGAAUUGUUAUUCAGAGAUGUUUAAUGCAUAUUUAACUUAUUUAAUGUAUCUCAUCUCAUGUUUCCUUAUUGCCACAAGAUUAUAAUUAAUGCUGUGGCCUAAAAAUCACCUGUGCUACCUAAUGCCAGUGGGUGACGCUGGCACUGCUGCUGGAGAGCUGUGGGCUCCUCUCUCUCUCUCUCUCUCUCUCUCUCUCUCUCUCUCUCUCUCUCGAGGUUCUGGGCUCUAUGUAAGCUUGGAGGUGUGGUUUAUUGGAAUGUUGUAGAACAGCUGCCAGAAGUGUUUCACUGUGUAAAUAAAUAACAACUGUCAAAGAGAGGGAAGUCCUUAGUAGCAACAGUCAACUCUGUUACCCUUUCUAACUGGAGAAGACUAGCUGAUCUUGUUUUUUUCCCUCAUUACCCCUCAGCCGCCACUCAUUCUUCCAGCACAUGUGCCCCAAGUCUGGUCCUGACCUUUCCCAUGUGGCCCUUGCUUGGAAUGAGGCAGCAGAAUGGUAGCAGACAGGGAACCAGCUGGGUGGGGGCGGGAGAGGGGUGAGAGGCUCCAGAUAAUCGUCAAGUAGUGAUUGAGAGUUUGACUGUAAAUUAAUUUUAUGCCAUAAAAGACCAAUCCAAUUCUGUUUGACUAUGUAGCAUCUUAAAAAGAAAAAAAAUUAAAAUAAAGCCCCAGAAUUAAGAGUUCUUUUGUCAUUUUGUCACACUUGCUAUAGGGGGGAAAUUAUUAUCCUUAUGAUCCUCAAUAUUAUUUUGUUAUUGGAAGGUUGGUUUUAAAAUGAGCCCUAUCAAUUCAAUGAGAAAUAUAUAUGUUUAAUGAUUUGAAGUGUGUGUGUGUGUGUGUGUGUGUGUGUACUAUUGGCUUCAACUGAGAGUGUAAAAAUAAAACUGCUGAAAAAUCUUUAAGCAGCUGGUCACCCUUACCUUUCCAUUGCUUUGCCCCUCAGUAGAAAGAAAUGUCUCCUCUGUGUCAAGGAGCCAUGCAGAAGAUUAGGGACCGGCAUGCUGAGCAUGGCUCCGGGAAAUGGGUGGGUUUGAAAAGACAGUCAUCAAAAGGAAGACAGUUCUUAGAAGUCAUCCACUUGAGUCACAUUUCUCCUGAGCUUGGCCAGGGCAAAAGGGCCUCGCUUCUGGCCCUGAGGAUCUGAUCAGGGACCUAGAGCCUGAGAGGCUGGGUGUCUGUGGUCUAAGUAAGUAGCUUCUGUCUUCAUGAGAAGUUACUAUAUCCCGAGUACUCAUGGGGAACAUGAUCAGACCUGGUUCUCAGCCACCUGCCUGGUGGUCGGUCUGCGUGGAGUGUGUGCACAUGGAGGGCUGCCCAAGUAGAAGUUAGUCCUGGUACUGUCCAUGUGGAUCCAGGGACUUUGAGAACAGGGUGAAAAGACUGUGCCUUCUGCCAUUAAUUUUCUGUAAGUGGAGUACAGUCUGUCCAAGUGUGUGAGCUGUAGCGAACCAGUCUUCUUAGCUUCCAGCAGCUCAUGGCCUCAAAAGGACCAUGAUUAGGAGGGUCUCAGACUGUUCCUGGGAGUGCAGCACAGUCCCAUUUCCCUGGAGCAGGGCUCUGUAGACUUUUUCUCAGGGAGUGUGGCUGUGUGUUCCCAUGGACUUUAUUCACAAAAGCAGCUGGUAGGAUUUGGCCUAUGAGGCUGGAAUUUGCCCGUGCGUGCACGGAGACGACUAAGUUCUUAAAAAGAGUGCCUCAGAUAUCUAUUCUUUUCCAGGUCUUGGGAAGUGACUUAGCGUCUUAUGUAUUUGUAGGAGACGACAUUCAGCUUCUCAGAAGAUGUGGGCCUUUUGUUUGUAGCUGAAAAUCAGAAUUACAGAUCCCCAGUUAUCUUUCCAACUAAUCCUCCUGUAAAAUCUCUCUUUCCUUUAGAGAUUAUGAUUUGGUGACGGCAUCUUAAUUUAUGAAGCUUUUUUGGCUGAACAGAAGGGAGCUCCCCCGGGAGAGAAAGGAAGGUAAUGGUGGGAAGGUUGGAUAUGAUGUGAGUCAUCCCGUGAGUAGAGUGUGUCAGGAGAGGGAGAGUGUGGCACAACCGCUGCUAAGGGUCGGGGGCCAGAACUUAAACCUGGGGAGGUCCGCACUUUUGAGUGUCUCUCCUGGAAUGACAGAAGAGGAAGCAUGAGAGAGUGAGGCAGAGGGUAGAUGUGUAGUCCUCUCACGUGGCCUGGCGUGUUCCAAGAGGGGAAGAGUCACGUAGAAUAAACUGGCGCGGCACGGGCAGGCCAGACUCCUGCCUGGUGCCUUGGGCGCUGCUUUGCAGCACCUCUGGGAGUGGUGCCUUUGUUUUAGAAACCUGCCACCGAGCCCACAAAUACAAAAGAGAUGUAAGCAAUAACAAUCCUGUAAAUUUUUAUUGAUUGAGUUUUUAAAUUGAUAAUUUAAGCUCUCUCCAUACAAUACAAAAUACUUCUUAAAGACAGCAAGUCAUAUUAUUUGUAGGUAUGAGGACCCAGCUUUAAUUUUUUUCCUUCGUCUAGAUUUGCAUGUUUUCCCUCUCUAGUCUUCUAAAUUGCUGGCACCAGCAGUAAUAAAUACUGAUAAAAUCAAAAUUGAUUUUUACCAGUGGACAGUUUAUGCCUAGAGAGAUGGCUUAUACCUACAUAACACAGAAGGGGGGAAAAUGAGGAACCUCCAGUGAUCCGUGAAAACCUAAACGCUUUCAAACAAAUCCCAGGAACAGAACUGCUAUCCAAAGAUAUCAGUGCGGACUUGCAGGCUGUGUUGGGUCUGAUAUAACUGAAUGCAGUGAUAGCUCAGAGCUAAAUAGCCUUUCAAAUUAAUUUGAAAACAAACUGUGUGUGUGUGUGUGUGUGUGUGUGUGUAGCAUAUGUACUAUAUGUAAGUAGCUUAACAUUUUCCAAAUGGUGCCUAUAUAUUUUGCACACACAAAUCUUUGUAUUUGCAAACUCAAACCCAUGCCAAAACACAGCUCCAUUUGUCAUCGUCAGCCCCUUCUGUAAACUAGACCAUUUACAAGUUUCUGGGGAUGGUUUGUGAAAUUCUUGAUUUGAACGAAAGAUCCAAGGAGGGAGGUGGGACCCUGGGCGUCCCAGGUCCCCACCCAGCCCUCCUCAGGGGCAGGGGCCGCUGCGCCCCCUGCUGGCGGGCCGCUCCCCGAGGGCGGCCUCCCCCGGCCUGUCCCAGCGCCUCCGGCUAGAGGCAUGCUUGCCGUUGAAGGGACCUGCUCUGAGGAAGUCCCUGAGAGCCGGGUGGGAGCUGCUACGGCCCCGACCAGUGCUGGAGCCGGGAGGCACCUCGGGCCUAGCCGCACCGCCCGCACCGCCCGCCCGGGGGCUCCCUCAGGCUCUCCCCGCCCCGCUGGGUGUGUGGAAGGCCGCUCUCUGUAACCUGCCUCGGACGGAGCUGCUUUGACAGGAACCUAGGGAAAGUUGCUGUUCCAGCCAGCGCUCCCUCUGCCCUGUGCAGAACAUUUCCAGAACGUUCCCUCACCACAGCUGUGACCCGGGGGUGGGGAGCGGGGGGAGCUGGGGGCUCUGUGUUGCACGUGAGGAAAUGAAGCUUCCGAGAUGUUACGCUGAGCAGCUUUGCAGAGCCUCUCCCUGGGCACGAAGGCCGCCGUGAGGCUGGGAUCGCUAAGGCACGGCCUGGAGCUCCGUGCCUCCCGCUCAGCGGAGCCGCGUGGAGGCUCCGGUGUGUGACUCCCACGGCCUCGGCCACUCGGACCGUUUGUACCCUCAUCAGAGAUGUUGCCCUUCAUCCCUCAUGCGGUCACUCUCAAGAAGAAGUAGAACCCAGACUCGUGCCGAGAUGCUUUUCUAAUUUCUUUUUGAAACUAAACACACUUCAGACUGAGGAAAAUGUGCGUUUUCCCUUUUCUGGUUGCCUGAAGAUCUCCGCUGAUGCUCGCGGGGAGUGAAUCUGGGGGCCGUAGCAAGGAAACACGCCAGUCUGUCUCAGGGAGGCAGGGAAGGAGGCUUUCCACGGGGCUUUCCAGAACCUGUAAAUUAAACGUGAAGCGGAGGGCAGUUCAUGAGAAUAGGUAUCACAGAAGAGGCCUGCCGAGUUCAAGGGCGGCCGGCUGCUCGGCUCAGCCCUCGCCCCAAGUUGGCGCCACGCUUCUCUGGCUAAUCCUGGAAGGGCACAAGUCACAGCAGACCCUGGUGGGGAGCAGCAGCCAACGGGCCUCCAGCCAGACUCCUGAACCACAGCCCAUGGGCUCGACCCCCCAGGAUGUCACCUGGGGUGCCCGAGCCGCCCCCCCUCCCCGCCAGCCCCUGGCAGGGGAUCCGGACCUCCGUCUGUGGGGUGUUAGCCACGUCAUCUAGGCCACUGAAAAGGUUCUUUUUACUUACGUUCAUCACAGGGGUAUUUUGGAAAAUUCAGAAGACUGGAACACACAUGAACGGUUGUGUGUAAUAGUUACAAGUGAAACCCGAGGAGGUAGAUGAGAGGUUGUCUCGAGUAAUAUAAUUACUUUGGAUUUUUUUCCUAAUGGAAUUAAUUCAUUAGAAAAUAAUCUGCAUCGACUCCGUAGAGGAAGAAAAAGCUAGCAACAAAAACAUAGCUAUUACCUAACUUGCCGUAGAUAUUUGCAAUCAUGAUACCUUGGAAUGUUGCCACAAUAUGGAUUGCUUUGAUUAAAAGAUGUCAGUUGAAUAAAACAGUACCAUGGGAUAAUAGUUUGCUGCUGCUAGAUAAAUGCUAAUGUUUAUUUUUAAACCAGGAAACAUUGAUCCUGUGACAAUGCCCUAUUAGAAUUACUUUAUUAUACCACAGGGUUGAUGUAUAUUUAAUCAUUCGGCUAAUGGACACGGGCGCAGGACGGCCCGUGUGCUCGCUGCAGUCCCUCGAGUGCCACCCGAGGGGCCCGGUCACUCCGGCCCUGCGCCACCGCCGCCGGCCCGAGCGAAAUAGGUCACCGUUCACCCUGUUUCCCUUCAGAACAUGCCAACCAGGGUAGACAAGCCCAGUAGCUCGACACGGUUUCACUAAGGCGUAGCGCAGACGAUGCAUACAUAGCUUUUUGUGACUUAAAACAAUGACAGAUUAGCAUGCAUGUUUCUCACGUUGACUCGAUGGUUUUCCACGCGACACGAAAAGGUCUGGUUCUCUCUCUGAACCGGAAGCCGGCAUUCCCAUCUUCCUUUUGUACUUCAGGGUUCAGCUGUGACCCUCCGCCGCGGCAUUCGUUUCAAACGAGGUUUUUCCAUGGACUCUUCUACUUGGAUUCAGAGGUCAGAAUUUAUUGUCUGUAAUACUGAGACCAUGUGUACAAGCCCCGCUUGCCUUCAGCAUUCAUGCGUUUAGCACACAUUUAUUGGUUUACCUUCUGUAGGUUAGGUGCUGGAGGAGAUGCUGAGGAAUUAAUCAACGGGAGCGAUUUGUUUUUGUGCUUUUCAUUCGUAAGCAACCUCAGUAAAGUGAUUUGAGCUUCUAUGUAGAGAGCAGACUGCAGAGUACAUUUGGUUCUCAUUUCUGCUGCUAGCAUUUCCUUUUUUAAGAAUUUAUAAACUGCUGCCAUUUGGAACUUCCUAUAAGAAACUCUGAAUGAUCUAUUUAAAUGUUCCCUUUACCUCUUCUCUCCUUUGUGAGUAAAGAAGUCAUUUCAGCGGUGCACGCGGUCCCCCCCCUCUGCUUUACAGCUUUCUCCCUGUCUUGGGGGGAAAAAAAAUCUCUGCAGUUUGCGGUGUGUGUUUUUAUUCUGACUCCAAUGUACACUAACAUUUUGGGGAUCGAGUAUUUUAAGAGAUGUCUUAGAAUGCUUUCAUUUUCAUAAUUUUUCUUUUCUGUAUUUUAAGUUGUAUUUCCUGUUUUGACAGAGAAUUCAUUUAAAAAGUUGGUACAGGAAAGGACUCUACCAUCAUACGUUCUGGUUAUCUGAUAUGUAAUAAAUUCAUGGUUUUAUGGCUGACUUUACAUUUCCCGGAGGGAAGGAGAUGUAUUUCUGCAGUGUCCAGAUCGAAAGAGCCAUUCACAACGUGUUCUCACAUGUUCUGUGUCGGCCUGAUGAAACCUGCCCUACCGAGGCAUAAACUUUUGUACUAGCUGUCUCCGUAUUAUGUUCAAUAAAUUCUGUGCUCUGAAUAUA